AUGAAGCUCUCCACUACCAUCUUCAGCACAUCGCUCCUUGCGACUGCUGCCAUUGCGGCCCCUCUGACUGCCCAGCGCCAGGCACGUCACGAGGCUCGCAAGGUUGCCCGCGCGAACAACCGGGAGAGUCAUCCGCCUUAUAAGUCCGAUACCAAGGAGAUUCUUCACUUCAACGAGAGCUCGCACGAAAGUUACAGCUCCAACUGGGCCGGCGCUGUGCUUGUCGGCACUGGCUACACUGCAGUCACUGCGGAAUUUACUGUACCCACUCCCAAAGUGCCCUCGGGUGGAUCCUCCCGUACGGAAUACUGUGCUUCUGCAUGGGUCGGCAUCGAUGGAGACACUUGCGACACCGCUAUUCUGCAGACUGGUGUGGAUUUCUGUGUGCAGGGUAGCUCCGUCUCAUACGAUGCUUGGUAUGAAUGGUACCCCGAUUAUGCCUAUGACUUCAGUGGCAUCUCAAUCUCCGCGGGUAAUGUGAUCAAAGUGACCGUGGAUGCCACCUCCACGACUGCUGGCACUGCGACCAUUGAGAAUGUCUCCACCGGCAAAACUGUGACCCACACCUUCACCGGCGGAGUCGACGGUGAUCUUUGCGAAUACAAUGCCGAGUGGAUUGUUGAGGACUUCGAAUCCAACAACUCCCUCGUUCCAUUUGCUAACUUUGGAACCGUGACCUUCUCGGGUGCUGAGGCUACUGAUGGCGGCUCUACCGUCGGUCCGUCCGGCGCUACUAUCAUCGAUAUCAAGCAGAACAACAAGGUCCUCACCUCCAGCUCUAUCACCUCCAGCAGUGUGACUGUUGAGUAUGUCUAG